AGACGGAGCAGGGCCCGAACUACAACGGCUCCAGCCAAUAGCAAUGACAAUGGAUGAGCCUCUGGUUGAUCUCACUAAACCUAUACCACCGCCCGACCAGUUCCCCGGGUAUGAAGUGACUCUUGGCGACAAUGCCUAGGCGCGGCCCGUCCCCCGUUGAUGAUGUACAUACAGUGUCUAGGGUACCUGUCGGUGUUGCUGGGUCGUCCACCACGCGAGCUCAGAUUUGCUCGGCUAUGAGGCUCGCCCGCCUUGACCAAACCCGGGUGUCCUGAAUCCGGGGUUGGUGGAGGAGUGCGGGCUGUCCCGUCUGGGCACGGGCUGCCGAAAUGGUCACUCGUUGAGGGAUUAUAUGUAUAUUGCUUGCAUAUUGUCUUAUCUCUCAGAUAAAGGCUUGAUUGAGAGCACAUUGUGCUUUGACUCUUUUCCGAUGUACCCUCCCGUAUUCCCGUGCCGGGACCCCUUUACCGGUGGACGACACAAUGAGCCCAACUGGGACGAAUUUGAGCUCGACCGACGGGUAUCGGGAGAGAGCCCCAAUAAAAAUGAGGCAAAAUUCAAGGAUGAUCGUGAGCCGGGAGGAGGCCUCCGGGGCGCGUUUCGGGAAUUCCUUGCAUCGCCGAGAGUCCUGAGAAGGGUGCCCUCGGCCAUCAUCGGAAGCAGUGUGCGGAUUUGGGCGAUACUGGGCCGCUGCCAAGAAGUCCCGAGUCGGCGGAUAUCGGGGAAUCGGCAGAUAUUGAAAACGCCAUCAAGGGCCGAGACGGACUGCCGGCUCAACGGGGCAACGGGGCAACGGGGGACAGACCGGUGUCAGGGAAGGCCAAGGCAAGGGAGAAACCGGAACACAACUUAUCUCUCCCACACCAGGGCGUGCGCUUUGAAUAUCGUGAGGAUCCUGGUGGAGCUGGAAUUCUGGGCCUCCUGGGCGUCCCUUGGCGGCAUGGCGGCGUCGACGUUCUGGUCCUCGCACCGAGUCAGCCAGCACACGAGGGCACACCACCAACUCACCGGGACACGCUAUACUCAGAAGGUGCGGCAGCGUCAACAGACUUGGCGAGCAUCCAGCACCAAUCCACGAGCGUGAAUAGCCUCCUGGCGUUGCCUGUUUUCGCCGUUGUCGUGCACAACCUUGCUGCUGGGCCCAUUCGACCGCUUUCCACUGCAAAAUAGCCCUCCGAAAUCAGAAAUUGGUUUCCCUUUACCGCCGUUUGCGUCCGCGUGACUCUGCUGGGUUUUGGGCAGCUGGGUUCUUGCACCGCGCAUUGCCGUGUUCAGGUCCGCCAACCAAUCAUUCCGUACCGAUUUCUGACAAUCACAUG